CAACCGCCGUAUCUAUGGCCGCCAACGGCCAGCCGGCGGCGGCGGUCGCCACCAUCGACGACCUCCCUGAAAACCUGCUGCUCGAUAUCUUCCUCCGCCUUCCCUCCCUCUCGGACCUCGUCCGCGCCGCCUGCACCUGCCUGGCCUGGCGCAACCUGGUGACCAACUUCCCCCCCUUCCGCCGUCAAUUCAUCGACCUCCACCCGGCGCCCCUCCUCGGCCUCUUCUUCCACACGCCGUUUCAGGCUGUCCCCGGCAUCCCCGCCUUCGCCCCCGCCCGCCGGAAUGAUCCGGAGCUCGUGGCCGCCAUCUUGAGCGGUGACUUUUUCCUCACCAGCCUCCAGGCGCGCGACGGCCCGGAAGCUAACUGGAGCUUCCUCGACGCCUGUGGCGGCUACCUUCUCCUCAUCAAAGAGGAUGAGGUAUUGCUCCUGUUGCUAAACCCCUUGGCACGGUGGUGCGAGCGGUUCUUUGAUCUGAGUGACUCCCGCAUCUUCGAGGACGACGACUACGACCGCGAAGGCGAUCGUCAACUCCUUUACGCCGGCCUGAUCUGCGAUGACGAAAACCCCGCGAGCUUUGGCAUCUUCUGUCUUGCUGCCCAUGGAGAGUUCAGGUUGCGGGCUGCGGUCUUCUUCUCAUUCUUGGGAAUGGGCGGCGAUUGGUUCCUCUCCCCAUGGUUGGAUGUCCCGCACCAUCCCAACCCCCACCCGGAAGGUGACGAAGAUGACGAAGAUGACGAUGGUGACGAAGGUGAUCUUGUGCUUGAGAGCGGCAUGCGAGUGGGUAAUUUCAUCUACUGGCUUUAUCAGAAUCGUGCGUAUGUGGUUGUCUUGGACCCCGACCCAAACAACCCGCGAUUGUUUGUUGAGAUGAUCCCCCCUCUUCUAAAUCUGGAAGGUUUUCGCAGCUCGAUCCUUGGCCAAAUUAACGGCGAUAAGAUGUGCAUUGCUUAUUCAAAUGGAUUCAACAUCGGUUUCAUGCUGCGUCAAGAAGAUGGCCUUGAUGCUGGGGCAUGGGCUAACAGCAGGGUAUUCAACCUGACUGAUCAAGUUCGACGGAAGCUUGGGUACUUACCCCAGAAUGGGCUGAAAAUUGCGGCAAUGCGGGGUAGCAUAGUGUACUUCACAACAUCACAGAUGUUCCAUCCGCUCGACGCCACUUGUUGGUUCGCUUGUCUGUGCUUGGAAAGUCGCAGGCUGGAGUGGUUGUUUCCGAGGACGUAUAAUGGUCUCUUCCAACCAUACCACCAUUCAUCGUGGAGUACUUUUCUGUUACCAGAGAAUGAAAGAUUUUAUCCCUUCAUAUGAGGAAUGAUGACAACCAGAGAAGGAUAUUCUGUGAAAAGCAUUGCCUUGUUCUCCUACUGAAUCAAAACAUCCAGCUACCAUCCAGAACUGAUCUCUUCUUUGGACCUGCAUCACGCUGAAGGUCCUGACAAAGUUCCUUGAUAUUCAGGAUUCAAUGGCUAGUCAAUCCUGCAUUUUGAUCGUUUAUGGUAAUUGUUGUUGUCUGCUGUUACCAAACUUACCAUUUACAUUGUGGGUGAAUUACUUCAUCUGUUCCUUGACAUUCAGGAUUCAGUGAUAACUCAAUCAUGUGUAUUUUGAUCGUUUA